ACACGCUCCACAUCUUGACACCUCGCUCUCGCGCCAUCGUUACAGAGAAGGAACCACCAAUUUCAAUUCUGCGGAGGAACUUCAAUCUCUCUCUUCAAUGGAGUAACAGCGCCACGGAAUAUAGCAGCAUUGCAAUGGCGGUUUCAUUUUCACCUCAGCAUUUGAACUUGAAGCCCUGUCUCUGCUCUUCUUCUCGUGCCCGAUUCUCGUCGCCGUCCUCCGCCGUCCGCCCCGCCGUUAUUCUUCCUGGGUUGGGGAACAACUCCGGGGACUAUGAUAAAUUGACGCUUCUUUUGAAAGAGCGGCACGGCGUCCCCGCCGUGGUUGUUAAGGUCUCGAGACUUGACUGGCUGAGGAAUGCGGCUGGGUUGCUGGAUCCCAGUUACUGGCGCGGCACUCUCCGUCCCCGCCCUGUUCUCGAUUGGUAUCUGAAGAAAACAGAUGAGGCAGUCCAAGAAGCCAAGGAGCUCGCGCAAGGCGGGUCUUUGUCCUUAAUCGGGCACUCAGCGGGUGGAUGGCUUGCACGAGUCUACAUGGAAGAAUUUGGUAUAUCUCAUAUUUCCAUGCUGUUGACUCUUGGAACCCCUCACCAGCCACCCCCGAAAGGUUUGCCUGGAGUGAUUGAUCAGACGAGGGGGCUUCUGAAUUAUGUGGACAAAUAUUGCUCAAAAGCUGGUUACAAUCCUGAAUUGAAAUAUGUAUGUAUUGCAGGAAGGUUCAUCCAAGGGGCUCGCUUGUUUGGUAAUUCAGAUGCAAACAUUACUCCUGCAGCUGCUUCCAUCACCAACAACCAACUAAAUUCGGAGUUAGCCAUAGCAAAUGACACAACUAAUUCAACAAACUCGCCCACAUUCCGCGCUCGCUUCAUCGGGCAAGGUUAUAAGCAGGUAUGCGGGGAGACGGAGGUAUGGGGAGAUGGCGUGGUACCAGAAGUGUCUGCUCAUUUGGAGGGAGCAACAAAUAUUAGCUUUGAUGGAGUCUAUCACUCCCCUGUUGGUUCAGAUGAUGAAUUGAGGCCCUGGUAUUCUCAACGAAACUAAGGCGACCUUAACGAGGCAGAGGAACAGAGCGCAGGAAAUAAGGAACUAGCACAACGAUACAGAAAAAUUAGGUCAUAUCAGGAAAAACAAGAGAGAAAGGG